AUGACCAAAUUGGCCGAGUGGCUUCUGACCGGAAUUUCCCUCGUCAUAAUCUGGUACAACGUUCUCAUCGGCAAGCUUCCCAAUUUUGGUCUCACGCAGGAGCAGAUUCUCAUCGCCCCACUUGUCGCAGUGGGUGUUAUCGGUAAUCUGAUUUAUGAAGGUGAAAAUAUGGUCGCUAUCGAAGCGCCAACAUCUGCAGUAGUCAUUUACGGUGAUGAGAAAGGUGAAAUCGCCAACCUUCUCAACACCAAUACUUCUUCAACCUUAUCGUUAGAAACCAAAUAUUACUCCGCUUCUGUACAAGUUCUAAAGUCCAAAAAUGAUACUUCCCUAACUUCAACUGAGCUACCGAUUAAUGGUGUUAUUUUCUACAAUUCCUUCUCCCAAGCCAAAGAGAUCGCCGACAAAAGCGAGUCAUUCCAAGAGUCAGAUGUUCGCCUGUUCUGCACGAAGAUCGAGAUCGUGGAUAUCGAGGAAGAACCCGAGCGUGUUCUUGAGGCUCUAGAAAGCUCCAUCUGGCCCGGGGCGACUAUGAAAUCAGGAAAUCCUUACAUUGCAAGUGGGAGGCCGAUUGAAACGUCUUCUGAUACGGAUUUAAACGAGCCUGACUCUCAAAAUGGACAAAAUAAAAUGACCGAGAAAAUAAAGAUCUGUGUUUUGGGCGCUCGAAAUGCCGGCAAGACGAUUUUCUGCAACUUGAUUGCUGGACAGUUUUCGGAUCCUGCGCAGCUACUAGAACAUAGAAGACCUACUGCGUCGCUGAGAGUGCUUGAAUUCGAGCACGAGGUCGACAGCAAGACAACUAUCGAUGUUGAACUGUGGGAUUGCUCGGGAGACCCCGACCAAGAAAAGAUAUGGCCAUCAUUUCUUCACUCGUGCGGUGGCGUCAUCAUCUUCUCACGAGAUACGAGUAUCGAGUCAUUUGUUGAUUAUUUUGUCGAGAGCAGCCACAUCCAGCCUGAACAGAGCCUACUCUGGAUAAACAAAGAAGGCGGCCCUAAAGUGACCAACACCGUCAUCCCUGACGUACAACAAUUAGACGUCCUGAGCGAUAUUGAAACGACAAAAUCGAAAUUCGGCAAGUUUUUACGCAAAUGUGUCAAGGUCGAAACCGAGGUCCAGGACCGUGCCGAACGACGAAUCGCUGCUUAG